AUGGCUGGUGAUGACGCUAAUAGUGAGCAGGACCCUGCUCCUGAAGAAUCCCAUGUCAAGAGUUCAGAGAGAACAGACACGGCUGGGUCCUCCAAGGCUACGGAAGCUUCCAAGGACCGUGCCACGGUCACCGACGGCACAGCACCAUCCAAGCCAAACGUGCAACCCGCACGUCUCAAACCUAAGAGAACACCUGGUCCCGUUGACGCUGAUGGAACUUCUCAUAAAAAAGUAGAGCCCGCUCAACCCGCGCGCCAAACCGCCAGCGAGAAAGAUGCAAUUCUUCGCCUCCUAUCAUCUGGUACUGAGUCAGAUAUCCUGGUCGAUAUUGUUGCUAUAAGAGACUAUGACGAUGACUCCUCUACCGCAUGGACGUUCAACUUUGAGCGCUUCAGGGAGCAACUCCAACAGAAGCUUCCCGAGCUGCGCAAGGUUCCUGGGGAGGCCCACGAGAAACAGACAUCUCGUGCAAGCGAAGAGGAUCCCGCACGACUCGCAAAGGGCAAAAAUGCUGCGGUGGACAUAACUCAAGCCCACAUUUCCGCCCAAGACAGUCCAUCUGGACGAGAACCACAUGAUCCAAGCAAGCUGCAUCCAAAGAAUCUAUCUAAUCUCGGGGUCCUUCGAAUGGGCCGGCGAAAGUCUCAUGCGCAAGCAGAUGAAAGACAGGUACAGGCUGACAAGGCCUCUUCCGUCACUCCCUUGAAAGAAGAAGGCGUCACUACGUCCGAUAUCCAUAACGACCUGAACGUCAAUUGGCUUGAAAAUCGCGAAAUGCUUCCUCAACAGAUGCCCUGGGCAAGAAUAUUUACCUUUGAGUACCCCCGGCAACACAAAGAACGCAGUGCAAAACCUCAGCAGCUUCAAAGUCUUGUAUCACGAUUGAGUUCUCAACUACAGAAUGUCCGACGAGGAGUACAUGGGAGAAGACCGAUUCUGUUUCUUACUCAUGACUUUGGUUUUGUCCUCUUUCUCGAACUCUUAUUCUCCAACCCUACCGACAGCGAGGGUGCCGCUCGUAUGGAGAUCCGAAAAUUAACAGCGGCCGUAUUCGUAUUCUUGACGGCCGCAGACGGUAGCACCGGCAACAUUAGCAUCUCGAAAUAUAUCAGGAGCCAGAGCAUACACGAGCGAGUUCUUCCGGAUAGUCUCCCAUAUGCGGAGACCAGGAAGAUGGGCUAUAUCGACAAACACCUGAAGCAGGUUGAAGAGCUACGGAACCUCGUCCCGAAGAAGGCACCAAAGCCAUUUGUCCAGGUGAUGAUCGAUGAUGGCAAGCAUUUCAAAGACCCGACCGAUAAGCGCUUUUUAGCCAUCGUGGCUAGGCUGACGAAGGCGACUCAAACACGCCUAAUCCUCCAGGCGACAGCAGAUGGCAAGGAGGAGUUGCUGCGAAGCUACGAGGAGCGCGGCUGGGAUCUGAACCUCUCAGAUGGCACCGGGCGAAGCGCGCUUCAUUUUGCGAUAAUCACCCGACGCAUGGAAAUGCUCUUCUUUCUGUUGAAUUGCAAAGGCAUAAAAGUCGACGCAAAGGAUGUUAGAGGUCAGACUGCACUUCACUAUGCGAUCAGGAUGCUUUCGAGGCCGCACGGGGCCAUUGCACUGCUUGUCGAUAACGGCGCCGAUGCCACGACAAAGGAUAACAACGGGAUGGCAGUGACGGACAUUGCAAGAGAGAAAGGCAUCCGGCAGUCCCUGAAGACCUUUCGUGCGAUCACCGGCCCGUCGAGUCAUCCCGGCAUGGUCCUCCAACUUCCAGACCUCAACACUCUCGACAAGAUAAAACAACUGGCUGCCGAGGAUUGCUUGAUGGCUAUGGCCGAGUUCUUCAAUGUGGAGGAGGACGGCAUUGAGACUGAAAAAUUCAUCAUGCAAAGGCCGUCGGUGUUUCAGGCCCUCUACGGUAUGUAUCCAGAUGAUAUCCUGGAAGUCGCUCGUCGGACGACGGAGAUGAAGCAGAAGACUCCCGUGUGUAAAUGGCUUCACCUUCCUGCCAACCACACUGGGUGGGUGGACGGCUUGUUUGCCCGGUUGGGAUUGGCGAAGGAGUCGGUUCAGGUCGACCAACACUCUGGAAAGACGUAUUGGAGCGAUUAUUUGAGGCCACAGUGCCGUACGUUCAAAGCGGUGCGACAGCCAUUGCCAUCCACAGCCGACGACAGGCCACAGCGGGGUCUGGGCCCUGCAGCCCAGGUAGCCCCUAAUGCACGUGAGGUGCGCGGGACCCUCCUGUACAUGCCUUUCCUGACGUCUGAAAGGCACUGCGAUCAGAGAGUACUGUAUGAUACAGUUGUGAGCAAUCGAAGUACCUGGGAGGAAGAAGUUUACUACAUGCAAGGCCGACAAUUUUUGCCUCCAGAGCCCCCUGAAAUCACCAUGGAGAAUGGUUCUGACAUCUCUGAAGACGCGGUUUCUGAAACGACACGGCUUCGCGGUGCCCAAAAUGACGCCCUGAUUCACGAACACGCCAUGCCUGCAUCAAAGCAAGCAGAUAAUUCUGAUGCAGAUUCCUCCGACGAUGUGAUCGCCAUCACUCGGGACGACGAACCCGAGAACCGGCGGCUAGAUCCUGAACGCGAGUUGUUCCAUGCGUUCAGAGACAGUUUCACUAGUUUCGGGAGACCGCUGCACAUCCGCAGGACUCUAGAUCAGUCGCAUUAUCUCAUGCUGGAAGAUACCACCAAGCGUGACCGCGACCAGGUUGUGCUUCGGCGACAACAGGGGCGGCUGGGGUCCAAGGUUGCGCCUGUAUCCGACUCCGCGGACGCCGAUGCCGAAGAUCUCAAGGAUAAAGACCCGAUGGUCAUGGUUGAUCAGUUAUGGCUUUGGGUUAUAGGCGACACAGUCAUCUCAAGCUUUCCACGAAGCUGGCCACGGCCGGAGUGGGAGCACGAAUGCGAUGUAUUGGACCGUCUGAUUGGAUACAUCAACGCGACGCAGCAGAGGGGGCCCAUCAAAUCCAGCCAUGAUCUGGCGAAAUUGAUCAUCAAACACUGUGUCGAAGUUUUCAACCAUCCGCCACGCGAGGGUCAUUACCACCCGCUCUCAUUGCAUGAUGCGUUCGAGACAUCUGUUGGCGUGAUUGCAGACGAUGAGAUGACGCUAUUCCGGCAGUUCGAGGAGCAGGUGUUCCUGCUGAAGGAAUUCGAAGUACCCGAAGAGCAGGAGGAGGAUCAAGACGGAACCACCGACACAACUUCAGGGUCAUACUAUUCCUCUUAUUCCUACACUGACAGUGACUCGAUUUAUGGCGUGGCCACCAAAGAGAGGAAGGAGUUCUCGGAGACGAAAACGAAGACGGUGGACUCCUCAAAGACACUGCAUGAGCUUCCGAAGCCGAAGCCGAAGCAGAAGGAGGCACAACAAUCGGAAAAUCGAAUUCUUAACCGGUUGUUCGAUAUUCAGAGGGAGAUUGCGCUGUUGGAUGAAGCGAAGGACGUCCACGACGAACUUCGCAUGAUCCUAAGGAUCGUGGGGGAACAGAAGCAGGUGAUGGAAGACUGGUCGGAGAUUCUAACGCCCACAGCCAGCCCUGAAUCCAGGCGGACCGGGGAAAGAAUGCGUAACAGACAUCUGACAGGCGGAUCGAUCGGUAGCGACCACAUGAUGGAGAGCGCAGAUGGGGCAAGCGUGUCGGCCAGACGCUUCUCGCCCACUGACGUGGCAGAGGAAGCAUAUGCCACCAUCCACAGCAACCUCAAGGACUUUACACGCAUGCUGGACCACGUCACUGCCGCCGAGCAAGGAAUCAAUCAACUGCUGAACCUCAAGCAGAAGGAGGCCAAUGCCCUGGAGGCGCGGUUCUCGCGCAAAAGUGCUGACGCGGCCACGAAGCAGGGCAACACGAUUCUUUUCUUCACCAUCGUCACCAUCAUCUUCGGAUCGCUGUCAUUCAUCACCUCCUUCUUCGCUCUGAACGUGACGGCAUUCCCGCUGGACGCUUCCACCGGAGAACCAGUCUGGAGAUUGCGAAAGGUCAUCGGGCUCAUCAUCGGACUUUCACUUGGCUUGUCCAUCCCGUUUAUAGUCAUUGCCCUCACCAUCAACCCGACCAUGGCCCUCGUGGUCAAGGGGGCCAGGAAGGUGCAACACCAGGUGUUACUGAAAGCACAGCUGUUUCUGUCAACUGUUGAGGUCCUUUCUUGGCUGUUUCGACACCGGCGGCUCCCGGUCGGGGAUUCUCACCUUAGCGCCACGGAAUAUUUAUCUUCCUCUUACAUAACCGAGAGCUCAGACGAUCGCCGUCGCCGCGGUUUGAGCACGGAAACGAGUCGUGGUUCAAGCCAUCGCACCGAUCACGACCAGACCCCGGAUGAGAAGAUUGGAUGGGUAGCUAUCGCCGGAAAGUCCAUACGCCGACUGAGACCACGAUUCAAAUCAAAACGCAAGCCAUCUGAUGUUGCAAACGGUCGUGGUAGUGGUUCGGAACGGGGGAGCGUUACCUUCGUGGUGUAG